AUUGUUUUUUUUGCGGAGGUAAUGUGCGUGAGUCAAUGUAUACCUCACCUAUGUACAUCUCACCGGAAAGACAUACAUUGGAGAUGUGCUCGGUACAUUCGGAAUGCUACCAGUAUACCGGUAGACCGGUACCAAUAUCAGCGGCCGAUAUACACUGGACCCCGAAUCCACUGAUCGGUCGGAUGAAAGACGACGGAUGGAAUGUGAAGCCAUGCGGCGGAUGGAGGCUCAAACCUUCUUCUGCCCUGACGGCUACGGCCCGAACGUAGGGCACUUGAAAGAAGAAUCGCAAUGCCCAAACAACAAUGCUAAAGUCAGACGCAAUGCCGGUGGGGCAAACCUUAACCUCGCUACAACUACCUACUUACAUUCCAGUCCCCUUCUCCUCCACCAGUGCACAACGCAACAGGAAACCAAAAAGGAGACGGGUCCCGUAGCCUUCGUCUGGGACUCGUGAACAUAUCUUCAGCCCAAGGCCCACGGAGAUCGGCAUUGACACCUCACUACUGCAGGAACAACAGAUCUGUCCAGUUGCCUCUUCACCACUCCCGACUACUGUUUCAACAAAUUCUCAAACGCGGCUACUGUAGCGGACUGAACGUCAAAGCCCGACCCGAAUUCUUGACAGCGGCUCCCGACAGGCGCGCGAAAGGCGACCGACAUCUCGGCAUCUAAAACGAGCUGUGCAUAUACCUCACAGCACCUCCUCCAUUCAUCUUCUCGAACUCGAAACCUGCCUGCUGCCGCGCCUGUUGUACACCACCUUCGGCCUUGCUUUCCGGCGGCUAACGCUCCCGAACUAUUUGGAGAAAAAACAAAUAAAUAAAUAAGCAUCUCGACAUUCUCGGCAUUCAACAGCCGCCUCGGCGCGCGUAAUCUGUAACAGCGCUUAAGCAAAGACGGGGAUCGAGGAUCGACGCCAGUACCACCAUAUCACCACCACGUUGGAACUGAAACCUCCGUUGUUGUCGACUCUUUCCUAUUCGGCUUCCUUCAGAUCUACUGGGUAACUGAAUUGUGACGCAUCGAAUCGAAUCGAGCACCCUCUGCUUUUGCGGGCUGACCCGAACGUUACCACUCUGGUUGAGUCUAUUCUUGGGCUGUUCUGAAUCACCUAUUCACGUCAGACCUUUUUUGUGUUUGAAGUCACAUCAGCCUGGAAGUCCUCAAAUAAACAAGCGUUGAGAAAAAAAGGAUGGUGGCCUUCUCAGAAUUGUUUCACAGGCUUAACCCCUGGUCAAAAAAUAGCAACCCAAUCUCCACCACCACCGCCUCCCUCCUCCUCGUAUUCUACGCCCUCUCCUACUUCCUCCCUUUCUACCUCUCCCCGCUCACCCGCCCUUCGCCGACUCUCUCUCGAGACAACCCCUCCGUGAUCCGGGCCCGUAUCCGCUCCGUCUGCAUCUCUUGCUUCUGCUGUUGCCUGUCCACCUUUUUCAUUCUGCUAUACGUGGCCGAUCUCUCCCUGCCGGAUGCCCUUCACUAUUUGGGAUUGUGGCCUUUAGGCCUCAUCGAGUCUGCUAGGGCCCUGGGCCUGACGGCCUUGUUGUUCGCUGGCCCGCUGUUCUUGUAUCUGGUGGUUGAUGAUGGCUGGAAGGACUGGGUUAAGGGAUAUCCGGUGAAGGAGCUGUGGGGGGACAUGCUGACUUGGAGGAAUAUUGUUGCUGGUCCCCUCACAAAAAAACUCCUCUUCCGCACCUCCUCCGUCCCCCUCUUUUUGCUAUCUCCCCUCCCCGUCUCCCGCAUCAUCUUCUACUCGCCCGUCAUCUUCGGUCUGGCGCACGUGCACCACUUCUACGAGUUCCGGCUUCAAAACCCGCGCGUUCCCGUGUUCGCCGCGCUUCUAAGGUCCGUGUUCCAAUUCAGCUUCACCACCUUGUUUGGGGCGUACGCGACCUUUGUCUUCAUCCGCACCGGUAGUCUGUUGGCCGCGUUCGCGGUGCAUGCCUUCUGCAACGGCAUGGGAUUGCCCAAGGUUUGGGGGCGGGUGGAAAGGUUGGAUGGAAGGGGCAGUGGGCUGGCGUGGACGGUGGGGUAUUAUACCCUGUUGGUGGGAGGGGCAGUUGGGUUUUGGAAGGAGUUGUGGGCGUUGACGGAGGGGGGGAAUGGGUUAGUGCCUAGGAGCGCAUUUGGAAGGUGAUGAUGAUGAGGCUAUUUGAGGUGUUGAUACUUAGGACUAUUUGGCCUCUAGACAGACGUCUUUGGUCGGGUUUUGCUUGUUGGCAAUACCGCUGAAAGUUUGUGGUGUCGUUCUCUAGCCGACCAUGUGUAGUGCAAGAUCAAGGGCAGCCAUCUAGCCUACGUGGCCAAAUGAAAACUAUAAAAAUAGUGAACUA